ACGAUGGUAAAAGCAAGGGUGUCAUCAACAACAACAACAACAAAAUAACAACAAAGUGAAAGAAGACAAAUUGUCAACGGGGCAAGUGAAUGUAUCUUCUCCAUCCAAAGAAAAGUAUUCGUGUGAGAAAUAUGAAAUAAAUAAAAAAGACCGAAAAGAGCCAGCUGAGCAGUGAAAAAUUGGGAAUGAGGCAGAUUAUUGAUUUCGUCAACUGGAUAAAUAUAUAUAAAAUAGUCUGGUGAUUGCACAAUUUGGAAAAAGCGUUAGAAAAGCAUACAAAAAACAAACAUGAAACUCAACUUGCCACUGGAUACCGUUAUAAUUGCUGUUAUUGUUGUUGCAGCUACUUUGGUUAAUUGAUUUCAGUUGCUGCUUUUCUCGCGUUUCUUGCCUUUCUUACUUUGGCUUUGUCUUGGGCCAAUGCCAAUGCAAUGAGGCCUAAAAAAGCUGCCAAUAACAAUAACAACAACAGCAACAACCGUAACAACAAUUUACCAAUACCAAGUAACAACUGCAAACAGCAGCAAAAACAACAACAUUCGGCGACAAUUGCGUGCGCGUUUCGGCCGCGUUUUUUUCCUGCUGUUUGAAUCGCACGCGCGUUUUUUAAUUAAUUUUAAGAGUUUUUCUUGUUGUUGCUUUGCACUUUUUUCGUGACUGUGCGUGUGUGCGUGUGUGCGUGUGUACGUGUGUGUGUCCAGCCGGAAAUCAGCAAUUUAAUUUACAACAAGACGAUUUAAAGGAACCCCCAAAAAAGUGGAGCAAAACACAUAAAAAAAGAGAGAAACAAAAACAGAUCCAGAAAUUAAGCAGGCAAUAAGGAAUAACGAACGCAUCGAGAAUCGAGGAACAGUCAAAAUGUUCGCGGGCAUAAGAAAGCGACUGGCACGCAAGCAAAACGAGAAAGAUUGCGAUGAAGAUGACAAGGACGAUGUGCAUGAUAUAAUGCCACCUCCCAACUACAUACAAAUUUCGCAGGGAAAGAUUCAGUUGGUGCAUCAACCGAGAUCUCUGGAACACGAGGAACACCGAGUCUCUGGUCAGCGAAGUCCCGCAGCAUUGACCUUGGAACGUGGCGAUAAGGAUUUGUUGGAAAAGCGCAUGAUUGAAGUUGAAGGCGCGCUGCUGCGAUUGCAGGAGCAGUUCCACAAAAGUCAAUGCGGGUCGCCAACAUUCGAGAAGGAAUUGCGCGAGCAAAUUGAGAACAUGAAUCGCAUUAUGAAAUCCAAAGAACGCAAACAACUGCAGACAUGUCGGGAUCACAAGGCACUCCAGACACGAUUUGCGAGACAGGAGAGCCUGUUGCACUCCAUGCAGCAAGAGAAUCGGGCGCUGUUGACUCGAAUCCGACAGUACGAACAUUGCCUGGACGAUGUGAUGAGGAAGGUGGUGGAUGCCAUUGUGGCGGAGGAUAAUCUGCGCGAGGAGGUGAGCAUGCUGAAGAGUCGAGUGCGGGAUUUGGAGGCGCAGAAUGCGGCAUUGUCGGCGAGUCCGGUGAAGGGGCGGGACGAGGGAUACUGCACCAUGAGCAGCGGACAGCCGCAGCCAUCGAAUGGACACCUAGAGGAUCUGCCCGAGGAGCCGGAGCAGUGGCUGCUGCCAGCGGAGCCCUGUUCGACGGAAAUGGAAGACUGGAGCAUGUCGCAGGAGGAGCUAGCUGUGAUAACCUUCGACGAUGAGCGCGACCAUCAGCAACAGUUGCAACAGCAGCAGCAACAGCUGCAACUGCAACUGCAGCGACGCAAGCGGGAACACGACUGGCUUUGGCCAUCGAGCGACUUCAUCAAUUCGACAACCGUUGAGACUGACUCCCUAACCGAUGGUAUCGCUCAGUUGCUCCAGCAGAAGAUUGUGUACUCGGAGGAUGAGGAAGUGGCCUGCACAGACUUUACCAACGAUUUUUACAAGUUGGUCAACAUACGCUCCAACUCCUCUCGCAGCCUCUUCUCGUAUCUCGAGGGCGAGACCGAUGACGAGGAUGAGGAUGAAGAUGAGGACGAGGACGAGGAAGAUGAGGAUGGACAGGAUUCUAGCAUGUCUGAGAGCCAGACAAAAGCACGCUUGAGUCCCACGCCCAGUGAGGCGGGUCGAGCACAGCUGACCAGUUGCUCCUCCAGCGAAAGUGAGGAGCACUCAGUCACACAUCCACCACAACUACAACCACAACAUCCGGAGCAGGAGCAGGAGAAGGAGGAAGGGGAAGAGGAGGAGCAUGACUAUGCUGUAAUUGAUGAAUGCCGACGUCGGGUCAGCGAUAUUGAAAUUGAGGAUGUACCUCUCAUCCAAGCUGCUUCUGCUCCUAUCAAUGAGCAACAAUGCAUUGCACAAAUUAUCAAAACGGAACUGCGUCGUCCUCCCCAUGUGUUGGUCAAGUCAAAGUCGGUGCUGGAGGAUCAGGAGCCCAGCUGCAUUUUGCGUCACAAUCAGCGCCGUGAGCUCGAGUCCAGCGUGGUGCGCAGCGACAGCAUCAGUUGCUCUCUGAUGGCCAAGAUGGCGAAGGAAACGCCGCCAACUCCAGCAGCUGUCUCCAAGCUCAAGGAGCGCCUGUUGCAGCGUCAUGCGCCUCCUGCUCCUGCUCCUGCGACCUCCUGGCGCCGAAGCAACGGCUGGAAGCGUGUAACGUCACCGGUGACGGUACCCGUGACGGUACCGGUGACAGUACCGGUAACGGUGCAGGUGACACAGCUUGUUUCACCAAAGAAGGAAACAAAGCCAAAGUCAAAGUCAACAACGAAGUCGGAGCUGCCAAAGAGCUGUCAUAAAGCGCCGCCGACCAGAAUUCCAACCUGCAUCCACACAUCAACUUCAUCAACUUCAUCAUCGUCAGCCUCUUCGUCGUCGUCGCCAUCGUCACCGUCGCCGCAGACGCAGACGCCGCAAAAGCUUCCAACACAACGCAAAUCCAAAAUUCCACCGCCGGUUCCCGUGCGUCGUUCCUAUGCCAGUUAAGAGACGCCCUAUAAUCUCAUAGGGAAUAUAAUUAAUUUAAAAAAAAACGACAACCGAAUACCCUAUAUAAGUUAAGUAAGCGUAAGAGGAGUUAAGAUUCCCUUUCCAAAUAGGCAUAAUUCGGGGGAAUACACUCCAUAAACAUAUAUUUAAAGAUUUCAAAAGACUAAAUUGUGAUAUAUUCAAACUAAAUGGAGGAGACCGCGAUAGAGACAGAGACAGAUAUUGAAGAGCAAAAAUAAUUGUGUAUCUACGAAUACAUUAUAUUUAUAUUGAGUAUUGAAAGUUUUUGAAAAUGUUUUUUCCUUUUGUAAUUGCCAAUUGUUCCAAGUAUUCAAAAGCAAAACGCUCGACGUGCUCUAUAUGAUUUUGUAGAGCAUCGUCUGAGGUGUUCCAGAAGACAUGUGUUCGAAAAUUGCAUUUCCAACUGUAUAGAAAUCUCUUUAAAAUAACUAUAUAUACGAAUAUAAACUGCAUACAUGAUAAUGAUCAUUUAUUUGGAAUAGCCAAAGCUUUGUUCAGCCUCUGAGCAAAAGUGAAACUAAAACUUAUUAAAAACUAAAAAUAUUAUUAUAAAAUUGUAGUCUUCCGCACAAAAGAGCGAUUAUCAUGUUAACAGAUUAUCAGUUAUCAAUAUAAGAUAACAACAUCAACAGUUGAAAGAGUGCAUUAAACUCAACUACUAAUAAUAAACACACACCACAGUUGGACACUUCAGUAUAAAUGGGUGAAAUUCUUUAGACAUCUUUACAAUAACAUAUAGAAUCAUAUACUAUACGAUAUAUAGUACAUAGAUGCAUAUAUACUAUAUGGUUUCGAUGCGAACAAAAAAA